UUUCAAGAUUUUCGUGGUUGACAUUACAUGUGGGCCCCUGUUGUGUAGGAGUAGUUUUCUAAUUUUUGUCUGUGACUCGUUGAGUUCCAUAGUUCGUUCUUCUGUGGAUGAAGAAGGCGGCGCUUGCUUGUUGCCUGCCCUUUCUGCUGAUGACGUCAUUGCUUGGCGCAGCGCUGGACUUACGUCGUCGUCUUGAGACCACGAGAGCCUGCCAUAAUGUGCGUUAUACCGUGAAGACCAGUUACGGAACAGAAUAGAAGUAGUACAUUUCUGUGCAAUACUGUGGUGACUGCUUACCGUGCAAGGAAAUUAGCGUGGUGACCAAUUACCACACGGAAUCUACCGUGGUCGCUGGAACUGCCCAAAAAUUACUGUAUUGAAUGGUAGUUUCUGUUAACGCGGGAAUGGUAUCGACAUGAAAACCUGGUAACGAAGACAGAUCUGAAAAAAAGGAAGAAAACAAUGGCCUUACGUGCCUAAAAGGAUGGGAACUCAAGGGGGGGGUUGCCCCGGGAGAAGGGAGUCUCCAUCCCUCGUCAGUGCCUCCAAUCGUUGGUCAGCAGACCGCGACAUCGUCUUCAAUAGCCACACACACAGUAUGUGUCCAGGAGACAGGGCAGAUGGCCAGCGGGAAACAAGUGCCAAACGCAAGCGUUCAGAUUUGAGUUGCAUUAGACUAUAGAAGAUUCCACGAACAUUCAAACAUUUUCUGAAAAUUUCUUCGCCUCCGUGAGAAAGUUGAGGCAACUCGAACUCAACAAUUCUUGUCCCCAACUCUCCUCGGCAAUUUGUCAUCAUUGUUCCCCCGACUUCCUCGGGUGCCGUGAAAGUUCUUGAACACGGUUGAGUGUUGUUGUGAAAUGAAUCAAUCAAGGGUGUGCUUAGAAAAGUACUAGGGUUAAGGAUUAGCCCCCCGCCCCUCAAUGGGGCGGGCAGCUACAAGAGAAGGAGGGCGGUGAAGGUUUGGGAGGAAGUGAAGUGUACGAAGAAGGAAGACGAUCAAUGAAGGGUGGUGUAUUGUAGCGGUUGCCGAGAUUGACGCAAUAGAAAAACAUCAUCACUCUCGUCAUUCAUAAGACCUUUCAGAAGUAAUACAGUGUGACGUCACACGCAUGACCAUUGGCCCUUUUUUUCGUCUCUUCACGCAACGUUCGUUCAGGCGUGGAGGCCUUCACGCGUCGCCCAUGCAGUUGCACCAAACUGCGCUGCCAAACAAACCUCUUUCAAAUAUCGUAAGCCAUCGAACUGAAGGUCUUCAUUGCAACUUUGCUAGUUGGCUCGUUCGUCUGUCGCGCCCGAAGAAUACGAAAGAGGCCCACCGCACUGACUGCUUGGCUGCUGUGACGUUUUUUCUGGACACGCCACAUCGAUCACCCUGCCACACUACGAUCACGCGGUCGCAAACACCGAUCGCGACGGAACCUUUGGCAUGCGCCUUAGCGCUGAGCUAUUUACUUCUGUAUCCGUUUGCCUGUGGUAGGCUGACGUUGACAGGGGUAGAUCCUGUAGCGUGCUGCGCAGCGCCUGAACUCUCUUGCUCCGAGCAGUUGUGUACCAUGGUAUCUGUUGUCGUUUGAAAACGUUCAACCAGAAUCUCAACAGAGAACGUCUGUUGCGAGGUGCUGUGCUAUCGAGCAAAAUGUGUGUGUGUGCACACGAGCCUCUUUCCACCCUCCGCCUGCCAUUGUUCCUGCCACAUGGUUGGGCUCCCUCUGGCGAAAUACCGUAAAAAUGAUACAAGAUAACACACCCCGGUGAAAACAUUUUUGGGUUUGAAAAUAUUAUCACCGGGUGUGGUAUCCUGUGGGGGGUGUGUUAUCUUAUGCACCCCGGGUGAAAAAGUGCAGCUCGCAGGGGCCCCUAAGGAGGUGUGAUAAACCAGGGGGUGUGAUGGCACGUCCGAACAACCACAGGGCGUAUUUGGGGGUGUGACAAUGAGGGGGUGUCCACCAACACCAGCUGAGAGGCUUUAAGGGUGCGUGUUGACUCGUCUACGGUACUCGCACGUGCUGCUGAGAGCGAGUCAGCAACUGGCUGCUGGUGAGGCGAGGCGGUGGCUGUUAUGUUGGCGCCUGUUGUCGUGCCAGCUG